AUGACCAAUGCUUCCGUUGCACCGCCCGUCACUCUACACCUUGGAAUGAGCGAUGUAACGGGAGACUGGACUCUGGGAGGCCUAUUCACGCCCAGCAGUGAGAUCGUGGCCGCUAUGGGACAGACGCCCACAACAGAGCCACCACAGGCAUGGAGACUCCUUAGUGUCUUUGGUAGUAGCGCAGGUGAACCGUACUCGAUUACUCCUUCUUCGCUCACAGACGUAGCGACCCACACUCUCUGCCAACUCCAUGGACCAAUCUGGUGUAAGGGCGACCCACCUCCGGCCACUGCCAACAUGACGAUGACUUGGAACGAAGAUCAUGUUGUGGGCACGUUGGCACAAUACUCAUGCGCUCCUGGUUUCUUCAUGGACGGUAACAUUACCAUAAGCAACUGGACCAUGCAGUGUCUCGGUCAGCUGGGUGAAUGGUUCCCUCAACCGUUACCUGAGUGCAGACAAGCCAAUGUAUGCCUGGAAGAAAUGCCAACGGUCCCUUCUCCACUCAUAUCAAACACAACGGACGAGAACGUGAGGUACUUGUACGGAACGGCCCAAUAUUGGUGUCCCGGAGGCAUGACAACGCUACAGGGGAUGACGGUUCAGAACGUUACUUGUACCCUCAGUGGAACCGUUUAUUCGUUCACGCCAGCCGUUUUGGAGGAUUGCACGGUCUGCGCCUUACAACCGACUGCAGGGAAUGCUAGCACAGACUGGACAAACACCACAGCAUACUCUGUCGGUCAGACUGUGACAGCUUCUUGUAUAGCAUCUCACCACGUACAGACUGGUCAAAACAGCAGUUUUGUUGAGUGUACAGAGACUGGCUGGGCAAAUGUCACUGCUUGUUAUCGAGCUUGCGUGGACAGCCCCCCAGAAGCUGGAACCAAUAUGGUCCGAGAGAAUUUCACAGAUGACCACAUUGGCGUUGUUCUGACGUAUGAUUGUUCUCCUGGUUUCUGGCUGAAGACUGACCAGGAGCACCCAGUGCCUGUGAACCAGACCACCGUCACAUGCAAUAGCGAAGGAAUGUGGGUGCCAGGGAGGGAGCCUCUUCAGUGCGUUCCUCUAUGCACCGAGGAUCCUCCACUUCCCACUGACCCAAUUACCAAUGACUGGGAUGGUUACAACAGGUCCGUCAACUACCAGAUAGCAGUGUCGUGUCCUGAAGGUCAGCUAUUUAAGAACCUGAGUGCUGUUGUUACUAUGACGUGCGAAGCCAGCACUCAAUGGACAAGCAUUCCCGUCGACCUCCUCGUCUGUACUCUUGCAUCGAACAGCACGCCGAUUAUGCCCGCGAACAUCACAGCGGCCACGCAGAUCGGGUGGCCCGGACCCCCUUACCUUGUCGGGUCAUCUUAUAACGUGACCUGCGCCGAGGGUACGAUGACUCCUUCCGGCAAGACUUACAUGACCACCAACCUCACUGCAGACGGCUGGACGGCAAUCGACUCCGACUUCGUGUGUUAUAAUGUGAGCGACGUCCUACCUGACGACCUCUUAGAACUAUUCAACGAGUAUGACAUCGACCUCGCUUCUCUCACCUCCGAGAACGGGCUUAACGAAGUCACCUUCGGAAACAUGACCGUGUCCUUCGGCGACGCCCCUUACAUCGUAGGAUCGACCAUCUCCUUCAGCUGCAUUACCUGGAAGUCGACCCAGAGCGGAGAGACGUCGAUGACUGUGGCGUACACUCCGGAGGGCUGGGAGGAGGUGGACCCCGACUUCGUUUGCAACAGUAAGUGUCUCGGAUUUUUCAUUUAUUUAUUUUCUAAAAUUGUGCAUUUUGUGGAUAUAGUGCUAUAAGUGUAUUUUGC